AUGUGCAAGUUUUGGUAUCAACUUGGAAAUGAGAUCCACUUCGAGAUUAAAUUCUAAAAAGUAAAUAACAAUAUUCUUGAAUACGAAAAUGUUGAGAAGGGUAUUCUUAUCUAAUCUAGCCGAAGCAAUAUCGAUAUGAUUGAAUUAAUGACUUUCAAAAUCUAUUUUAAUUCAGAUGAAGCUAAAAAAUACGAAAAGGGAUUAUCAUAAAAGAUCUCCGAUGAUAAAAUAAAUGUUUUGAUUGAAAAAUGGAUUACAGACUAUGAAAAUGAUAUAUAUGAGAAAGAAAAAUAUCCUAGAAAAAUUAAUGAACUCAAGUAAGAUAUUUAGGGAGAAAGAGAAGGCAAGAACUUGCAUGGAUAAUACUGGAAUGAGAGAUGGUAUGGUUCUUGGGAUAAAAAAUAUCAAGGUUGGAAAAAAUAAACUUUUGAAGAAAAUGAAAGUGUAAGGCUUGAAUUGGGAGAAAGUCAUGAUCAAACAAGUGAAGUUAGCAUUCGAAAUGAAUAGUGGCAAGAAAAACUUGAGAAAUAAAAUGACUAUUGGGAAAAUUCCUGGGAAUAGAUCAUUAGCUAUGAUUAGAAUUUGUAAAAUUGUGAUCUUGUUAGGGAAGGAAAGAAAUCUUUCAAAAACAAUAGAAGCUAUAUCUACCAAGAAGAAUGGAAAGAAUAUAAAAGUGGGGAAAUCAAAGUAGUUAAAUUCAAGGAUGAUGGGUUUGGAUAGAAAAAUCAUGAAUACUAUAGCUUAUUCAAAAAAGAUGAUAUCAUUGAGUAUGAGUUAAAAUAGGGAAGUAUUGAGGAUGUGUCCAAAAAUGUUAAAGUUGAAAUAUCUCAAGGUAAAACAUUCAAAGGUCUGUAUGAUGAAUGGAAUAAUGAAAGAAUAGUAGAUUUCAAUUAAGGCUUUGAAAAGGUUAGUAAUACCGGAAAAAAUCAUCUAGGGGAAUGGAAAGAAACUUGGGGAGAGUAAAAUAAUGUUAAAUGGGCCUACAAAGAAGGUACAAAUUUCUUUACAUCUGAACAAUGGAAGGAGGAAUGGUAUGAAAAAAGAUCAUCUUAAAAUGAAAUUGAGGAGCAUAAAGUUGAGAAAUGGGGAAGAAAUAAUUAGGAAGAAUGGAAUGAAAAAUGGGGAGAAGUCUAUAAUGGAGAUAAAAAAGAAAAAUGGGCUGACAAAUGGACAGUCGAUAUUCAGUCAGGAUAUAAAAGAGGUGUAAAUUGGGGUCAUUAAUUAGAUGAAGAAUUGAAGCCAAAGCAUCAUUGGGUGGAAUAAUGGGACAAUAAUGGGACUAUUGUCAAAAGAUAAGAGAACUAUUGA